AUGGAAGCUCCCCGAACAAACGGCAUCAACCCAGCCGAAGCCACCAACAAUGAAACCGCCCCCCUCAUCCCCCACCACAGCCACGAUCACAACCACCAACACAGCACCCCAACUCUCUUCCCCAUCCCUCAUGAAGGUGAAUCCGGCCGCACAGGCUUCCACCCUUCCCACUUCUUCCUCGUCCUCUGGCGCAGCUCGUCCCCCAUCUCCAGCUUCGUCAACCUCCUCUUCCCCUUCGUCAUCGCCGCCUUCAUCUCCCGCAUCUUCUUCUCCCACUCCCACCCACUAUGGACCUUCGCCCUAAGCUACAUAGGCAUGAUCCCCUCUGCCAAUCUCCUCGGUUUUGCCGGACAAGAGCUCGCGAGAAAGAUGCCCAAGGUUGCCGGGAUUCUAAUCGAGACAACAUUCGGCUCGAUCGUGGAGAUUAUCCUGUUUGUGGUCUUGAUCAUCAACCAUGACGAGAAAGAGGAAGGGGGGAACAUGGUACCUAUCAUCCAGGCGGCGAUCUUGGGGAGUAUCCUCACCAACCUGCUCUUGUGCUUGGGAGUCUGCUUUUUCGUCGGCGGGAUAAGGCAUGUCAGCCAGAGGUUCCACGCGAUUGUGUCAGAGGUUGGAAGCGGGUUGUUGCUUGUGGCCGCGUUUGGGCUUUUGAUCCCCAGCGCGUUUUACUCUGCGCUCAAGUCGGAGGCGAAGACGGUGGAGGUGGUAAUUGGGGAGGGGGUGAAAGUUGUUGUGCCUUUGGAGCAUAGUGAUGAUUUCACAUUGGGGAAGUUGGAAGAUGAUGUCCUUCAAAUCAGCAGGGCGACGUCUGUUGCGUUGAUUCUGAGCUUUUUCAUGUACAUCUGGUACUGCGCAAGCAGUCAGCACAGCAUCUUUGACGAGGUGAUCGAGGCGGAUGAGCACAGGGAUGCCGAUCGGGAGGCAGAUAUGGAGAAGCCAAAGUUUACUGCUACCGAGGCGGUGAUAGCGUUGCUUCUGUCGUUGGCGUGUGUCACGGCUUUGCUGAUAUUCCUGGUCGAUGAGAUUGAACAUGUGGUGCAUAGCGGAGUGCCGGAUCAGUUCUUGGGUUUGAUCUUGUUGCCGUUGGUUGAAAAAGCAGCGGAGCAUUUGACUGCAAUCGACGAGGCUUGGGAUGGUGUGAUCAAUGUUGCGCUGUAUCACUGCCUGGGACCCUCCAUCCAGACAGCGCUCUUCAAUGGCCCACUAGUGGUCAUCGUUGGCUGGACUUUGGGCAAGCCCAUGGAUCUCAACUUUGAGAUAUUCAUGAUCGGGUUGCUUGUCUUGUCGAUCCUAGUAAUAAGCAACUUCCUGCGAGAUGGGGAGUCCAACUGGCUCGAGGGUGCUCUUCUUGUGAUCGUCUAUGCCAUCACAGCAAUUGCCUGCUGGUACUAUCCCAAUCCCGACGUAGCAUCAUCCAACAGUCUACAACAACUAAAACUAACCAACGGAACUGUCGCAAAUGCGAUCGGGGGGUUGAGGCAAGCAUUUACCGGAGUGUAA